GUAGCAUGUAUCUUUCGUGUUCAAAGGCACACUUACAGAUACAUAUAUUCUCUCUGUUGUGUUACGGUUGUCAAAGCAGACGGCAGUUUUGGAAGAGCUCUGAACCAAUGCAGUCGCGUCUAUAAUUUCGGCUAAUUGGAUGUGGCAUUUAAAAAAUCGUUAGCCAAACACAUAGAGUUGAUCAAAUGUAUAUUUACUUAAUGGAAACGUUUAAUAACAAUUAAAACCCGUGUGAAACAAAAAAAUACCAUCUUUACUCUGAGAAGCACCAAAAGAAAUACGCUGCACUCAAAAGUUAUAUAUUUAUAAAAACUUACCAGUGACCUAUACAAGAAAUGUUUAAAUUGCAAAAUGUGAAAAAUUAUUUUGAAUGAUUCCGAGUAGACUUCACAAGAAACGUAUGCCUAAAAAAAAAAUGUACCAAAUGAGAAAUUUCGUAAAUACCUGUGUGUAUAAGUUAUCCUUUAUGAACUACAUAUAAAUCAAGCAUUACAUUACCAUCUUCUCGAGAACAUUAAGUUAUAUGUUUACUUGGCUACACACAAAUAUCCCCUGUAAUGUAUCUGGGGUAAAACUAUUGCUUGUGCAAUGUUAGUGCAUUGAAUAUGUACAUAUGCACAUACAUAUCAUGUACAUAUAGGGAAAUGCUGAUAAUAAUAAUGGAAAAAGCUUUUAUAAUUAACACAGUAAAAUUAACCUAAGUGAAAAUAACCAACGAGAAAUGUUAAAUAAAUAAUAAAAGCUACAAGUUGCCAAGGGCAUCGUUUGAAGAUAAAAAAAAAAAUAACCAACAUGAAAAAUGAUGACGCUAAAGUAUUCCAAUUUCAAUGGCGACUUAAAGUUACCGGGUAUAAAAAUCUAAAAAAAAACUAACAAUGACUGUAAAGCUUGAACUAUGUCAAUUCAACAAUAAUACAUACUGUUGACUCUGAUACAGCAUAUAUGGCUCUCCAUUCACAGUUGGAAUAUCAAAACGUUUUAAUUCCACCACUGAUGUAUGUGGCCACUACAUUCCUUGCCACAAGCGGCGUUAUUGGAUUGCAGCAAAACGUUUCUAUUGGUUACGAUAACUUUCUAGAAACAUGGAGUAUUGGCAAUCGGAGUUUGUCACCAACGUCAUAUACAUCUGGCAUCCCUUCGUUGCAGUCAAAACUAAAUGACUCUGGAAAUUUCGGAGAUUCAGUGCCUACCCUAACACUUUUCAAUUACUACAAUGAAUCUGCAGCGACGGCCGAAUGGGCCCACUUCUACGAUCUCAUUCUUUCGUGGCAGGGCAUUUGCUUGAUUGCUGUGUUCUGCACUUUUAUCAUUGUCACCGUUAUUGGCAACACACUCAUUAUAUUAGCUGUUUUGACCACUCGAAGACUUCGAACGGUUACAAACUGUUUUGUUAUGAGUUUAGCGAUAGCUGAUUUACUUGUAGGGAUUUUUGUUAUGCCGCCAGCAGUAGCUGUACAUCUAAUUGGUUCCUGGCAACUCGGCUGGGUACUCUGCGAUAUUUGGAUAUCCUUUGAUGUCUUGCUAUGUACAGCAUCUAUUUUGAGUCUGUGUGCCAUCAGUGUUGAUAGAUACCUUGCUGUUACACAGCCACUUACUUAUUCUCGGAAACGGCGUUCUAAGCGCCUUGCGCUUUUAAUGAUUCUUAUCGUUUGGAUCCUGGCAUUAGCAAUUACUUGUCCUCCCAUGUUAGGAUGGUAUGAACCUGGACGCCGAGACCUACGAGAGUGUCGUUACAACCAAAAUGAAGGCUAUGUCAUUUUUUCAGCGAUGGGUUCAUUUUUUAUACCAAUGGCUGUUAUGAUUUAUGUUUAUGCCAAGAUUUCUUGUGUAAUUGCAAAAAGACACGACAAUAUGUCUGACAUUAAUGUUCAUAACAAGAAGUUUAAACGGUAUACCGCCGCCGACGUUGAAAAUGAAUUCUCCGAACAGGAACAUAGUACGGGCUACAAAAGCAAACAGGCUGCUGCGCAAACAUUCUUUAACCAAAGAAUAUCUAAGGAUCUACAUGAAAUUGUACUUAGCAAUAGCGACAAUCUUGGAGUACCAACAUCAGAUGGAGUUAAUGCUGGAAAUUGCCAGACCUUGCUGGCUCUGCCAUCAACCCAUAAUGCUAGUGGAAAAAACGGUUGCUAUGAAUUAACUCGACCAUCUUCAUUGUCUCUGAAACGGACGUCUACCGCUUCUACGACUAUAACCACAAUGGCAAGCGGUGUAGGUCCAAGCAGUAGUUUAUUAGAUGCACCAUGGCAGUCCCAGCCACAACAACAACCGCCAACUCAUAGCUUUCGGCAUUCCCAUCUUAGUGUGGGCGGUGGAGACAGGCUGCGUGGCCACCAUCAUCAUCCGUCUGCAGGAUCAGGAACGGCUGAUGUUUCCACCACUACUUCAACCAAUAUUAAAUCUCUGUCGAACCGCAUUACAUCCCUUAAAAAGGAAAACAAAACAACCCAGACACUAAGCAUUGUCGUUGGUGGGUUUAUCGCCUGCUGGCUCCCUUUUUUUGUCUACUAUCUUAUAACACCAUUUCUGGCCGAGCACCAGGUCAGUGGCACGUUGGCAAAGGCUCUUACCUGGCUCGGUUGGUUCAACAGCGCUAUCAAUCCUUUUAUCUACGCAUUUUACAGUGUCGACUUUCGUGCCGCCUUUUGGCGCUUAACCUGUAAACGAUUUUUUAGUGACGACCAAAAGCCACAAUUUCCCACAAACACAAUGUCUAUUAGGCGAUAGUCGUGGCGUGUCGCCACCUUACAUUCCUCCUAUACACCCACAAAAAUGAUGAUAUUAGGGAUAGGGCUUGGCGACAUUUCCUACAAUAUUGCUUUUAGAUUAUACAACCAGAAAUUGCUAAGCACAAAAAUAUUUAAAAUUAUAUUUAUGGAUCCCAAUUGGUUUGUUGAAGUUUUAUUUAAAGAAUAUUUUUUAUAUAAUUCUAUGAUGCUAUGUAAACAAGUAUUUGCCAGCUUUCAUUUAAGAUUAGCAUAUAGACAUAUACACAUAUACAUAUUUCACUCUAAAGAUGAGCAUACGAAUAAGCACUUGGUGCAACUGUGCCUACGUCGAUAAUCAACAAUACAAACCAAAUUUUAGACAAAGGUCACUAAUUAUAUUUUUGGUUACCAACCUACUAAUGAGAUUUUCUUUACAACAUUUACUUCCACAAGAAACAUAGUAGUAUUGUUUUUCGUAUAUAUAAUAAUUGAAAAUAAAUAUAUACACGCAUUACAUUUUUAUUGUGAUUUACACCUUAUUAAAGCUAAUAACAUUUAAAAUUUAGAUGUAGUGACAUUUCUUAGAUCCAUUUUAGGUGGCAUCAUAAAUAAAAUCACGAAAAGAAACUAGAAAUUGCAGUCAAUUGUGAAAAGGUAGAAGUAAUCUUCUAUAUAUAUGUAUAUAUAUAUAUAUAUA